CAGAGAAAGCUUAGUAACAUGCGGCCAUAUUGAAUUUUCUACGGAGUAAUUUAUAAGCUUAAGUAUACAAACGCGUCGAAUAAUUUGUGUAAAUACUUUACUGAUCACUGAGUUUGUGUAAACGUUUUUGUAUUCAAUAAAUAUUUCAAUAUACAAACGAGUUAAAAACGUGGGAUUAUUGAGUAAAAAUCGAGAUAUUAAAGUUAUUAAUAUCGUCUGUUUGGUUAUAUGUAUAUUAUCGUAACGGACGUAUAUAUACAUGAUUUAGGACUGAAAAACUAGGACGUUGUUAAAACAUUACUGCCGUGAUUAUUUAAACAGGGCAGUUAAUUACUAACAAAUGUGCACAAAAUGGGGGAUAACACUCUCCGCAUCAACAGAGAUAGAUUUUCUAAUCUCCGUGAACUUGGAGACGCUCUCGCCGAAGAAGGCCUGAAAAAGUGUGGUCUCAUUUUUGGUAUUGAUUACACGAUGAGUAAUAAAGUUCAAGGAGAGAAAACUUUUGAUGGAAAGAAUUUACAUGAAAUUAGUGAGGACUGUUUAAAUCCGUAUCAAGAGGUGAUAAGCAUCCUUGGUGAAACCCUGCAGCCUCUGGACUCGGACGGUUUGAUACCCGCAUAUGGGUUUGGCGACUUUGUUACAAAAGGAGACGAUAUAUUUCCUCUGAAGGAUUAUGGCUCAUGUGUAGGAUUCCGUGAAGUUUUACAAACAUACAACAGGAUAACACCUGAUAUUAAACUCUUUAGACCAACAAACUUUGCACCGCUUAUCCGGAAAGCCAUAAACAUCGUUAAACAAUCUAAAAAGUACCAUAUACUUGUUAUCGCAGCAGACGGACAAGUUAACGCGGAGGAGGACACCAUUCAAGCUAUUGUUGAUGCAUCAAACUACCCACUCUCAAUUAUUUGCGUCGGUGUUGGAGACGGGCCAUGGGGAAUGAUGAAAGAAUUUGAUACGAGAUUGCCCAAAAGAACUUUUGAUAAUUUUCAGUUUUUAGAUUUUCAUGACGUAGUAAGUCACGCGCGAAACAGACAAACAGCGUUUGCACUGCACGCGCUGAUGGAAAUUCCUGACCAGUAUCAUGCCAUACAAGAAUUAGGGCUACUCGAACGUCUGCAAGAGGACGAGGAAGCGUGAUCGUGAUGACGAUUGAUUUUAAUUUUCGGAGGUGUGUUCAGAUAUCGGUUCAAAAAUAUUUGAAAUAACAGUAU